AUGGUUUCCUUCCAGCCCUCCAUGCAGGUCCAAGAUGACCUUGCAACUCUCUUUUCCCGCAACCUGACCUUCAACCCCGAGGUCCAGAGCCAGGCCCCUCUUAAGGUUGAGGAGGAGCUCAAGCAGCAGACCCCAGGCCCCGCCCCCGCCAAUGCCGCACCGGCCCCCAUCAUCUACUCCAUCUCUCAGCACUACACCCCCAACGCCCACAUCGUCCGCCAGCAGCAACAAGAACCUCAGCCCGAGGUCCAGCGCCCUUCCUCUGAACCUCCUCAGACUGAGCAGAUCACCCCCGAGUUGGUCCUCGCCCAACACGGCGUCGACACUUCCGUUCUCUCCCCUGCCCAGUUCCAGCUCUUCCGAAUUUCCGAGGAACCCCACCAGCUCCGUCUGAUCGAGCUCUGGCGCGAGGCCCCGCCUACCUCGAGCAACGACAACCCCACCCUGGCAUGGACCAGCACCACCCUUGAGCAAGAGGAGCAGCUGGCUCGCAUGCGGUACGAGCGUAUGGAGGCUGAGAGACAGCAGCAGCAGCAGCAAGUCAUGAGCCUCGACGGAACGCAGAUCCAAGCUGAUGACAGCCGCUGGCUCGCAAGCUCCAUCUCCCACCACGUCGAGCCCUACAUGAUGUCCGGCUACGAGGAGAUGAUGCGCCGCGAGCAAGAGCGUGAACAGCGCGCUCGCGAACAGCAAGCACAGGAGCAGCGCGAGCGCGAACAAGCCGAGCUUCUCCGCUCCUCGGGCAACAACUACUCCCACUACGGCUCUGCCGUUGGCUCCUUGUACAAGCCGGCCACCGACCCCGUCUACAAGGGCUUCGGCGACGACUGGGCCCGGGAGCAGCAGAUGCAGAUGGAGAACCAGUACGGUGCCUAUGAGGCAUGGGGAGGCAACAUGGAGGCGAUGGAGAUUUAA